GCCGUGAGCAGGAAGCAAGCACUUUUUUCGGAGGACGGGGCCGAAAAAUAGCUGCCGCCGAAUGAACAAUAGUUCGCUCCCCAAAAAGCAAUGUACAGUCGUGCAAGGAGUUUGAGAACUACAUCAAGAUUACUUUCUGCGCAUAUUUCCUCUCAACCGCAACAAUGGGUCACUGACCUACACCUGCGAACAAAUAAAAACCGGUGCAUGGAGUUUUGCACACAUACAUGGAUGUCAUCAGUCAACCGGUGGCGACCUUUGGCCCAGAUAACGCGCGGACGGAUCCAGCAGCUGGCACCCACACGUUUCAUGAGCACCGGUGUACGGAGAAGGCGGUUGCCAAGUGCCUUUCCAGUUUUAGAUGAAAAACUUCUACCCUUUCACAGACAUGUAUACGAGUCAAAUUUACGGAACAGCAUAGCUUGUCAUCACAGGUACGUGGAGUGCGCAGAGCUGGUGCAGAAGGGCGGCGGGGACAGGGCGAUCGAGCGGCACACCCAGAGGAACAGGAAGCUGCUGGUGAGGGAGAGGCUGCGGCUGCUGCUGGACGAGGAGGACUUCCUGGAGCUGUCUGCUUUCGCCGGACUGGGCCUGCCGUACGGGGACAUCCCCUCGGCCGGCUGCCUCACAGGCGUAGGUAAAAUCAAUGGCCUGUGGUGUGUGUUCAUUGCCAACGAUGCCACUGUGAAGGGUGGCACCGCGUACCCCAUUACCGUUAAGAAGCAGCUCAGAGCCCAGGAAGUGGCUAUUCAGAACCGCCUUCCCUGUGUUUAUUUGGUGGACAGUGGGGGAGCAUUCCUGCCUCUUCAGUCGGAAAUCUUCCCCGAUAAGAAUCAAGGAGGCCGAACUUUCUACAAUGAAGCCGUAAUGUCUGCAAUGAAGAUUCCGCAGGUGGCAGUAGUGUGUGGGUCAUGUACUGCGGGAGGCGCCUACAUCCCCACCAUGGCUGAGGAGGCUGUGAUGGUGCAUAGGAUAGGGAACAUAUUCCUAGGCGGGCCCCCCCUGGUGAAAGCGGCCACCGGGGAGGAGGUGUCUCCAGAGGACCUGGGAGGAGCCAGAUUGCAUGCAGAAGUGAGUGGCUGUGUGGACUACUUUGCUGCUUUGGAAGGGGAGGCGUAUGAGUACACCCGAAACAUCAUCUCCACCCUCAAUUUUGAGUUGCCCGAGGACGAGGGCCCGACCGCGGAGGAGCCCCUGCACCCCGCGGAGGAGCUGAAGGGCCUUGCCCCUCGGGACUACAACCACAGCCUGGACGUCAAACUGGUUUUGAGUCGUCUGACAGAUGGCAGCAGGUUUCAGGAAUUCAAAGCGCGCUACGGCACUACGCUUGUGACCGGUUUCGCCAAAAUUGAGGGCCAUCUGGUCGGCAUCGUGGCCAACAAUGGAGAGCUGCUGUAUGAGGCGGCUCUGAAGGGCUGCCACUUUGUGCAGUUGUGCGACCAGCGAGACAUCCCCUUAAUUUUCCUGCAGAACACCGCCCCUUGUCCGGCACCUACACCGUCUCUGUUCAAGGCAGAAUGCAAUACCAACAGACUGAAGGCCCAGGGGUCCAUGAUGUCUGCUGUGGCGUGUGCCUCCACACCAAAGAUUACUGUGGUCAUUGGAGGUUGCCAUGGUGCUGAAAGUUACGCUAUGUGCGGGAGGUCGUUUGACCCCAACUUUCUGUUCUUAUGGCCCAAUGCCAGAGUGUCUCUGCUGGCUCCUGGGCAUUCAGGAGAUCUGGCACAGGAGGACAAGGUCGACACGCACUUCCACAACAAGUUGGAAAAAGAAAGCUCUGCAUUCUUUGCCACUGCAAGACUGUGGGAUGAUGGGGUCAUCCUGCCUGAAGACACAAGGAAGGUGUUGGGCAAUUGCUUGAAGAUCAUCAAACAACAAGAGUACCAGCUUUCCACAGAAAAACGAAGGUCCCCGUUACUUCGAAUCUAAUACUGCAUUGGAAGUGCCUUUUCCUACUAGGGCCUUUUUUGAGGAGACUAUUUACAAAUGUCAACAAAACAGCUACUACUGAUUUAAUUUUAGCCAUGAUUAGCAUUUUUAUAGCAUUUGUUCCAGUCUUUGGAACUAUGACUGUAAGUGGGUGCUAUAGACAAAUGAGACCAAUAAUAACCUUUUGUACACCACUAGCAUGUUUGGUAUUAAAAGAAAGAUGUAAACCAGGAAAACACCUAAUUCCUGCCUUUGGGCCUGUUUUGCUGCCAGUGGUCCAAAGGCUCUUGUUAAGAUCAGUGGUAUAGUGAAUUCCACCAUGCACCAGGACAUUUUAGUCAAAAACCUAUUUGAUGGACUUUCCAAUGAGUCAGAGACUCGAAACGUACUAAAAGGCAACGCAGAAAUGGUUCUGUGAAAACAGAAUCAAUGUUUAUAAAUCUCUAUGUCUCUGGAUAAAACUGUGGUCUGAAUUGAAGAGGGCAGUCCAUAACUGCAAACUAAAGGAUUUCAAAGAUCUUGAAAUGUUUUGCAUGGAGGAAUGGGUAAAGAUGCCUCCAUAUCUGUCCUCCAGCCUUAUCAAGCAUUACAGGAAAAGGCUUUGUGCUGUUAUCCUUGCCAGGGUAGUCUGCACCAAGUAUUAAACGGGGGUGCACAUAUUUUUGUAAAUAAAUUAAUAAUUUGAAAAAUAUGUUAUUUUGGUUGAUUCAAUUGUGUCAUUAAUAAAGUACAAUAUUUUCCACAUGGGAAAAUUACAA